UGGUAUCAGGCUCAUUGGCUUGUUCCCGUCUUCCUGUUCCACCACCGCAAUUCUGUUGCGGCGGUUGUAGCGUUGUUUGCGAUAAUGCCAGUGGAGUAAGUUUGGAGAGGAUUUCUUCUGAACACUCUGAGGAUCGGAACUCCCACCGUAGCGAGGUAAAAGAUGGGAGUCCCAGCCUUCUUCAGAUGGCUGAGUAAAAAGUAUCCAUCCAUAGUUGCCCACUGCGUUGAAGAAAAGCCGCAGGUUGUCGAUGGCGUUAGGAUCCCGGUGGACACAACGAAGCCGAAUCCAAACGAUGUAGAAUUUGACAACUUGUACUUGGACAUGAAUGGAAUUAUACAUCCCUGUUGUCACCCGGAAAACAAGCCAGCUCCAAAAAAUGAAGAUGAGAUGAUGGUGCUCAUCUUUGAAUACAUCGACCGCAUCUUCAGUGUGGUUCGGCCCCGGCGACUGCUUUACAUGGCCAUUGACGGAGUGGCUCCGCGGGCAAAGAUGAACCAGCAGCGCUCUCGACGUUUCCGGGCUUCCAAGGAGGCUGCGGAGAAGGUCGACGAGAUGAGCCGCAUCCGUGCUGAGCUGCGGGGCCGUGGAGUGCCCCUGCCGCCAGAGAAGGACAAGAGCGAGCACUUUGACAGCAACUGCAUCACGCCGGGAACGCCAUUCAUGGACCGCCUGGCAAAGUGCCUCCACUACUACAUCCACGACCGGCUGAACAAUGACCCUGGCUGGCAGAACAUUGAGGUCAUCCUCUCUGACGCCAACGUGCCUGGCGAGGGCGAGCAUAAGAUCAUGGACUUCAUUCGAAGACAGAGAGCUAACCCCAAGCAUGACCCAAACACGCAUCACUGUCUCUGUGGAGCAGAUGCUGACCUUAUUAUGUUGGGAUUAGCCACCCACGAACCAAACUUCACCAUCAUCCGUGAAGAGUUCAAGCCCAAUCAGCCCAGACCUUGUGACCUGUGUGGCCAGCUCGGACACGAAAUGAAGGACUGCCAAGGCCUGGCCAAGGAAAAGACGGGAGAGUUUGAUGAGCUUGAAAAGCCCAUGGGUGCAGAGACAGAGUUUAUCUUUCUUCGCCUGAACAUCUUGCACGAGUACCUUGAGCGCGAGCUCCGAAUGGAUAAUCUCCCAUUUGAGUUUGACAUUGAGAGAGCUAUUGACGAUUGGGUGUUCAUGUGCUUCUUUGUGGGCAACGACUUCCUUCCCCACCUUCCAUCCUUAGAAAUCAGGGAAGGUGCGAUCGACAGACUGGUCAAUUUGUACAAGAAAGCGGUACACAGAACUGGGGGCUACCUAACAGAGAAUGGCUAUGUUGCUAUGAACAGGGUGCAGCUGAUUAUGUCAGAGCUUGGCGAAGCAGAAGAUGAAAUCUUCAAGCGCCGUCAACAGAAUGAGCUGAACUUCAAGCGGCGGAUGAAGGAAAAGAAGAAGAGGAUGAAAAUGGAGGCUGAAUCAGAGGCAAGACCUGCAUGGACACCAGGUGGACAGUUUGCCCCAAUUGCUGUCGGGCAGCACGUCUCGCCAGUGCAAAACGCCAAGCAGGAAGCCCAUAACAUGCGCCGGGAUGUAAUGGAACAUCGCCGGAACCUCAGCGACGGUGGAGGAUCCAACGCCAACGGUCGUCUGGAAUCCAUGCUUAGACCUGCUCACAGUGACAGUGAUGUCCGAGGCGAGAAGCGUAAGAACGAAGGGGACAGUUCAGAGGAGGAGGAGGAACCCCAUGAUGAAGUGCGACUUUGGGAAGAUGGCUGGAGGGAACGUUACUAUGUGUCGAAGUUUGACAUUGGGCCCGACAACAUAGCCUUUCGGCAUGACGUGGCUUCCGCCUAUGUUGAAGGACUCUGCUGGGUUCUUCGCUACUACUACCAGGGCUGCGCAUCCUGGAAGUGGUUCUUCCCAUAUCAUUAUGCACCAUUUGCAUCUGACUUCAUCAACGUUGGCGACCUCAAGAUCGAGUUUGAACGAGGAACUCAGCCCUUCAAGCCUAUGGAACAGCUGAUGAGUGUGUUCCCGGCAGCCAGCAAGCAGCACUUGCCCACGCCAUGGGGCAACCUCAUGGAUGAUCCGGACUCUCCCAUCAUCGACUUCUACCCGACCGACUUUAAGAUUGACCUGAACGGCAAGAAGUAUGCCUGGCAAGGUGUGGCAUUGCUGCCUUUUGUGGAUGAGAAGCGACUGCUUGAGACAGUGCAGACUGUCUAUCCUCACCUUACAGAAGAUGAAAAGAAGCGUAACACAAGAGGGGAUGACGUCUUCUACGUGCGCAAGGGUCACCGCGGGUACAGCUAUCUCCUGGGCCUGUAUGAAGCCUGCAAGGACUACAACAUGGAGUUUGACCUGGAGCCCAAGUACUUUGGUGGAGUUGGCGGGAAAAUUCUGCUGAGCCACAUUGCAGUCGGACCUGGAGAUGAUGUGCGGUCAGUCAUCCCAGGCUUAGAUGAUAUCCCUGGCAACAUGGUCGUUUGCGUCCGCUUCAGGGAUCCGAAGUAUGCCGACGACUUUGUGUUUCCAGCCAAGCGCCUUCCUGGAGCAACGGAGCCACAGAGAGUGCUUAAACCGGGAGACCUCUCUCAAGAGGAAAGCCGCAACUGGCGUCCGCAAAUUGGAAUGGCUCCAAGGCGACACAUUGCAUCACUGGGCAACUCUGGACAUCGUAUGAUUGGGCAUGCAGUUGCAUCUAUGGGCGCUUACAGUCAAGUAGCACCACCCGCAUAUCACGACCGAAGUGACAGGCAGUCGUGGGGACAGGGUAAGUGCCUUCGCCAUUCUCUAUUCCCGUUUGUCUUGUUUGCAGGUGUCACCUUGUGACUUCUCUCUCUGACA